CUCUCACGCAGACAAGGAAGAGGAAAGUCGGCAAACUCAGAGCUCUGUGUGUGAUGAAGCGCUCCCGAGGUCUGUCCGAGGAUGAGGGCAUGUUUGUAAAUCUGUGUAAACAGGGCAGCUCCUCUCAAUAAUCCGGAUGCGCCCAGAUGGCUUUGGCAUCAUUCAAAAUGCGCGACUCCAGUCCUAGUGUUGCUUCUUUGCUCAGGCGGUCUUUGAAAGCUACGCCAAUAACAGAACUUUAAAAACCUGUAGCUGUGUCUUUAUCAUUGCUGGUGCGGCUAACGUUUUUCUGGAGAAAAAAAAAAAACUCUUGAUAAAUUCUUUAUUUCUUUCUUUUCCAUAUGUUGUUAGCGCACUUAGUGUAGCGAGCCAAGCUCUGACGUGUGCACCCAAGUGGAAAAGUUAAUUUUUAACUCGCUUCAAUGGGCGAUUCGCCCGCACUUGGCAGCGCUGCAGAUCCAGACGCAUCACAGCCCCAUGCGCUUAAAAUGUAGGCAACGGUUUUAGAAGCUACAAACACUGUCUUCUCAAAGCUGUCUGCCAUGGGUAGCGGCAGCAGCAGAGGGAGAAAAGUUUCGGCCGCAUUAGAAAAAGAUGCGAACACCCUGCACAAGGGUGUCAAGCAGGGGGAGCUUGAAGGGGACAAUCGUCUUUACAAAAUUCAGAAGUUGUCGCGCUUCUGCCAACCUCGUGCCCGUGCCGCACCAGACUGUCAUAGUGAAGGAAACGAGUCGGAUUUUUCGCUCGACGAAGAAGAUGCAGAUGUAGAGGACAAUGAAAGGAAGUUAGACCGAGCGUUAGCAGAGUUGGAAGGGGACGACUUCAGUUCUAAGAGAAAACAUCACCAAGGGUCCUUCGUGCGCUCCAACACCUACAGUUUCUGCAGUUCCCGACAGGUGUACCCCGGACCCGAUUUCAGUUCAACCCCUUUUAUCCAGACAGGAGUACCCAGAAAAGGACUCGCCGGACAUUUAACCGCUAAUACCGCGCCGUCAUACUUUGGGAGAGAAGGGGUGAACGCAUGUGCAGCGUCCGCGACUCCUGCUUGGGGACAUCACCUGGAAAGUCGCGAUCACAGAAAUAGCCAGAGUGAAGAUUUUGAUGUACUUAAAGAGGAAGCCAGCCGACAAAAUGGUUCUCUGGCACCUCUGACACCUCAGGAUUUGGAAAACAACAACGUUUCAGAUAAGCAUACCGAAACGUUUUCUCCCACCGGUGCCUCUGUGUUUUAUGACGGGUCUGAAGAGGAGCUUAUGGCCAGCAUUGAGCGCGAAUACAGCUGACCUGCUUCCAGAGGCCCCAAGUACCAUGGAAACCAAAGCACUUCUCAGCUAAAGCAAGUUGUCUGAAGGGGUGAUAAUGCACGAACAACUGAUUUUUAUAGUGAAACAGUAAAACCUGUUUAUGCAUCCACUUCAAAGUAGACUUCUCUAAAAGAGAUGUUUUUGGUUGUUGUGAGGGAUGGAUAAACGUUUAUUUUUUUUUUACUGCUUUUAAUGACAAAGAUGUACAUUACAUUUUUCAAAACAUUACGAGAAAAGAAAAGCUCAGGACUAUCGAUGUUUUUCUGGAUGUCAUGUAGACGGAAUUUAAAUGCAUCAUACCAGACACACUACAGUGAAUAUAACCAUGAAUCUUUAUUGUGUAAAAAGAGAAAUCUGAGAUUCCAACCUCCAUGGAAGGUCUGACAUAGAUUAUUCCAAGCACUUCCAGCCUGCUGCCUGAUUUUCCAAGUUCACAUUUCUUUAAAUGAACACAUUUGUUCUUAGUGGAUUUUGAAGUAUUGAAGACUAUUGGAAGAAAUGUGAUGAAUUGUAUCACAGCAGUCAAAAAGGAUUUAGAUGAGUACUAAAAGCUCUACUUCAUGUAUCCCAUCUCUUUAAACAUUUUAAACUUUGCAUUAAUUGCAUUUAGGUUUUAUGUUUGCUUCACAGAAUGCGGUUAUAAAAUGUCACUGGCAACAGAUGUUUCUGCAUUAUACAUAACUGAAAGGCUGUGUUUUUCCUUAUUUUUACUAUGUGACACAUUGUAAAAAUGACUUCAGCGUUAAAGUCAGAUUGGCAGGUGAUCAGAAAAAAGAAACCGAGUGCAGAGAGAAUGUUUUUCUUAUCCUCUGGCCUGGCUUGUGUGUUCCUUGAGGUUUCCACAUAUGCUUCAUUUCCUGACCUCACCCAAAAUAUCCUAAUUUUGCUGCUCUAGACAGGAAAACUGAAUUGCGCCAAGCGCAUUGGAAUUCAGCUCCAGCGAGAAGGGGAACGGCCUUUCCACCACUUCAUCAUUCUUCUUUUCGAUUCUGACAAUGACUUAGUGUAUCAAAUUCUUUUUUUUCUUUAAGACCUGCGUUGGUGCACAUGGAGUCAGUGGAGAGCCUGCCUGUUUUACUGUAGACUCUUUAAAGAUGGGUUUGGAGCAAGUAGGUAAAUAACUGUUGAGGAUUUUUUUAUUUUCAGCCCAAUUCUACUGUGCUUUAAACAAAUUUAUUUUUAAAUGACAUUUUCUGAAUAGGCAUCUGGAUUACAUCCAACCUUUUACUUGAACCAAAAGUAAUGAAUAUUCAUGAAUAUCUCUGAGUAUCAUCUUUUGACUUAUGCAGUUUAUGCCGCCACCAUAGAGGUGAAAUGUCACUGUGCAGGCCUACAGGGCACCCAUGGCAAAAACAGGAGAACACUGCCCCCUAAUGUACAACUUCCAAGCAAAAAAAAUAACACUUAAUUUUUUUAACUUUACUAAAUCUAUCCAUCCAUCCAUCCGUUUUCUAACCCACUGAAU